CGCCCUCCAAACCGCGUGGGCACGGGCACCCCGCGCGAAACAAACUCCGCCGAGACGAGCGCAUCAUCAUUCCACCACCUCCGUCCCAUCCCAAGCACACGACACGAGACGAGAGCGCGCGCGCCACCGCUCUGCCAAGCCAGUCCGGGACAUGGGCACCACGAACGAGCUGAUGCACCGCCACGUCCAGGCGGCCGUGCCGCCGCUUCCCACGUCCUUCGCGGCGACCGGCGGCAGGGGCAUGGUGCCGGCGCAGGGCGGCAGGCAGCGGGCGGGGCUCCCGCCGACGCCGCCCUCGGGGGCCGGCUCCCACUCCCUGCACGUCGCGGACGCGUGCAUGCAGAUGCAGGACGACUCGGCGCCGCGCAAGGCGCACCGCCGCUCCCGCAGCGACGUCCCGUUCGGCUACUUCCCGCCGCCGUCCCCCAAGACGGAGUCCGGCUGGGGCCUCCCCUGCGCCGGCGGAGGCGGCGGCGGCGGCGGCGACGAGCUGUUCAACGCGUUCAUGAGCAUGGAGGGCAUGGACGGGCUGAACAGCUCGGAUGGAGACAGCCGCGGGAGCAGCAUGCCCCCUGCGAACGGCGCCGACAGCAGCGAGAACGAGUCGGAGGACUACGGCGGCGGCGAGAGCCAGGUCUUCCUCUGGGGCGAGGCCGGCAAGAAGAGGAACGCCGCCGGGGAGCCGGCGGCCGCGGCGGCCCGGCACGCGCGGAGCCUGUCCAUGGACAGCCUCAUGGGGAAGCUGAGCUUCUCGGCCAACGGCGGGGAGCCGAGCAAGUUCAGUCUGGAGUUCGGCAGCGGCGAGUUCACCUCGGCCGAGAUGAAGCGGAUCAUGGCCGACGAGAAGCUCGCCGAGAUGGCCCUCGCCGACCCAAAGCGCGUCAAGAGGGUGCUCGCCAACAGGCAGUCGGCGGCGCGGUCCAAGGAGCGGCGGAUGCGGUACAUCGCCGAGCUGGAGCACAAGGUGCAGAUCCUGCAGACGGAGGCCACCACUCUCUCCGCACAGCUGACUCACCUACAGCGUGAUUCGUCGGGGCUGGCCACGCACAACAACGAGCUCAAGUUCCGGCUGCAGGCCAUGGAGCAGCAGGCGCAGCUGCGCGACGCUUUGAACGAGGCGCUCACCGGCGAAGUCCAGCGCCUGAAGCAGUCGGCGACGUCGGAGCGCGGCGGCGACGCGGGCUCGUCGAGCAACCUGGCGCAGCAAAUGCAGCUCCGCUGCCAGAACCAGAUGCUCGAGAUGCACAAGCAGCAGCAGCAGAUACCCUUCUACCAGCUGGAGCAGCCGGAGCAGAAUGGCGAGUCCAACUGAUGGCUUCAGGAGGAAGAACACACUCAAGUUCUAGUCCUUUUAGAUGAUCUGAACGAUUUACUACAUUUCCUAACACAUUUGUUUUGCACGUUGAUCUCGUCUAUAGCUGUUUGUGCCUGUCCGGGGAAAAAAAAUCCGGCAGUGUAAUAUUUUCUGAAUGUUCUUUUCGUUCCUUCCCAAACACACAUUGUGGCUGGAAUUAAAAUGUCAGAACUAAAUUCAUUUGUAGUAUAAUAUAUCAAAAUCUGUAUUGAGUAA